GUGGCCGGUUUGUAGGCCAGAAGGUGCUGUGUGUAUCUGCCGACACACUGUUCUAGUGUGUGUGUGUGUGUGUGUGUGUGUGUGUGUGUGUGCGCGGUAGAAAAGAUUGCAGCUCUACAGUCCUCUGAACAUAAAAAGAGACUUUUCAAAAAAGGAAGGUCUGUGUCGACCUGGCUGUGCCGCCCUCCAGAACUGUGUGUGUGUGUGUUUGUGUGUGUGUGUGCCUCAAACCAGCCGUGCUCAGCUGCUAAUCACAGGAUUACCCUGCUAAACUAAGACUAUUAAGUGUUCCACAUUCAAAUGGCGUCUCCCACAGGCAGACCUUGGAGAGGAUCAUCCCCUCGCUACAGGGCUCUUACAUAGCGAGCCGAGCGCCACACGAGGGACCCGGGAGAAGGGCAGUGGGGAAACGCUCUAGUGUUUACCGACAGGAUGUCACGGCUGGGUCGGGACGCACAGGGGACAGUGAGAUAAGACCCGCUAAGCAAGAAGAUGGACUUAGAAGAUGAACCUGGGAUAAAACUGCACUUUUAAAAGACCUCACCUGGCUUGCCCAAACAACCCGGAGAUGUUGGGAGCUGAGUUACUGAUAGCACAGCAGCACCGCCACAGGGGCAGAGAAAGAAGGAGCUGGUCAGUGUGGACUAGAUGCCGGUGACCGCAUUUAUCUGGACCUCCUCCAAAUACAUCUCUGUCACUUAGGACGAGCGUGCCGUCUGGACACCUGUGACCACGGCGCCGUGGUCCUCAUGUAACCUUGUUGUGUUUGAGCGUCAGUCCGAGGGAACCGAUCAUGGCCAGCAUGGCGGUGCAGCUCCUGGGCUUCUUCCUAGGGCUGUUGGGGUUCGUGGGCGCGGUAGUUGCGACUCUGCUCCCCCACUGGCGCAGCACAGCCUACGUGGGCGCCAACAUCAUCACAGCCACCGCCUACAUGAAAGGCCUGUGGAUGGAGUGUGUGUGGCACAGCACUGGCAUUUACCAGUGUGAGCUGUACAGAUCUCUGCUGGCACUGCCACGCGACCUGCAGGCAGCGCGGGCGCUCAUGGUGCUCUCCUGCGUCACCUCCGUCCUGGCAGCUCUGGUGUCCGUGAUGGGGAUGAAGUGCACCCGCUUUGCCCGUGGCUCGCUGGUCAAGUCUCCGCUGGUGCUGAGCGGGGGGGUUUGCUUCCUCUGCGCCGGCUUGCUCUGUCUGAUCACCGUGUCCUGGACCACCAACGAUGUCAUAAUGGAUUUCUACGACCCCUUCCUCCCCAGCGGGCAAAAAUAUGAGAUCGGCCUGGCCGUGUACCUUGGUUACGCCUCGGCCUGCCUCAGUCUGAGCGGCGGAUUGGUGCUGUGCUGGAGCAGCAGCGGUGACAGGUCGCAGCGUCCCCCCCAUGCUCAGAGGAGUCAACCAUCAUCGCCUCCCCCUGCCUUUCACAACAUAUACCCCCCUGCUCCACCCUACAAGCCCCCGGACGCCCUGAAGGACAAUCGCGCUGCCUCAUUUUGCUCCCUGUCCAGCAAUGGAUAUAGGCUCAAUAACUAUGUCUGAAACUGAGAGAGAUACUAACACAGAGACUGUGAGGCCACGAGGUCUGUGUAUGAAUGAAAAAGAUACUUUUGCUUGUUGUAUUUUUACUCCUUAACAAGUGUUUUUCCCACCUUUAGACCCAUAAGACAAGAAAAUGGAAAAGAAAGGACCAGAUCUUCAGACAAACUCCCAGCUUUUCCUCAGUCAUGUUUAAGUGGGUCCAACCUUUGUUAAAGAGAACUGAGAAAUAAAAAACCUGUUGACCUGCUGCUACUCACCUGAAGGACCAGAAGGUGGUGACAUAGACCUGCAUAUAGUCAAAGAGGACAUGACGUUUAAUCUGUUCCCACAUUCUAACUCUGACACUCAUGUCAAUGGCACAGUUGUUCUGUUGCUUCCUUAUUGGAGCCAAUUUUUUUAGUUGAGAUUAACUCAAUUUUGAAAGAUAAAGACAUUUCAUUAUUACUUUUAAACAAACACAUUGUAUUUAAUAUCUUUAUUCAAUGUAUUUAAAUCAUGUUCACGCCAACGGAAAUGUACAAUUAGCGUACAUUUUUAAACAUUUAAACACAAAUGAUGAAAUAAAAAUACUUAAUAAAUACUUUAAAAUAG